ACAGGACAUCAAAGAAAGAUUUUUUUAAUUUUCACUUCUCAGAUCCUCGUUGAUCAAGCAUUCGACAAUUCUCUUCUCGAUCUAUUGGUCCAUUGAAGGAUAAGCAACGCCUCCUUUCGUCUGAAUUAUUUAGGGUUGGUUUGGUGAUAGAUGGAAGUUGAUUGAGAGAUCAAAGCGGAGGGGAGAAAAAAGAUCUUCAAAUUGCCCAUCUCCAUCUCAACAAAUCCUUUUCUUACUUCUAAAUUGCAGUUCCAAGACGCUGCUCUCGAUCAAUAUGGGGGCAAGGUAGCUCCCCUCUCUUUGAUCUUCAUUAUAUUCAAUGGCGGCUCCUUUCCUUCAUUGUCGAUUCACCAUUUUCAGGUGCUCUCUCUCUGCAUUCGCGGUGGUAAUUUUUGAGGGGAUCAAGGAUGAACCUACCUAGAGGCUAAAUUUGAUGGGGCAGCUUCUCAGUCAAAUUAUAUUACCUUUGUUAACCAGAAGGGAAGGUGUCCCCUUGGAAGCUGGUGUGGAAGGUGAAGUUCCACCCCAAGGGUUGCUUUUUUUGUAUGGAAAGUAGUUUGGUGAUGCAUUCUCACUAUGCAUCUUGCUUAUUUAGUUGCUGGCUGCAUGGUCUAAGCAUAAUUUGAAGUUGUGAGAAGGAACGGGGCUAAGCAUGGUGCAUCUGAAUCCACAUACUGGAAAUGAUCCAUUCUGUGGAGAAUUCAAGGGCUGUCCCACUAAAUCUUCUAGAGGUGCUUUGGCAUGUAUGGUUAAUUCUGAAAUAGGUGCUGUUUUGGCUGUAAUGAGAAGAAAUGUACGGUGGGGAGUCCACUAUAUGCCAGAUGACGAUCAAUUAGAGCACUCUCUCAUACAUUCCUUGAAAGAAUUACGGAAGCAUAUCUUCUCUUGGCAAAACCAGUGGCACAAUAUUGACCCUGCUGUUUAUCUCCAGCCAUUUUUAGAUGUCAUUCAGUCUGAUGAAACUGGUGCACCAAUAACUGGUGUUGCCUUAUCAUCUGUUAACAAAAUCUUGACACUUGAUGUGCUUACCCUUGAUACUGUGAAUGUGGGAGAUGCUAUGCAGUUAAUAGUUGAUGCAGUGACGAGCUGCCGGUUUGAGGUAACUGAUCCAGCAUCUGAAGAAGUGGUGCUGAUGAAGAUACUUCAGGUUCUUUUAGCUUGCAUGAAAAGCAGGGCAGCAGCUAAGUUGAGUAAUCAGCAUGUGUGCACCAUUGUAAAUACAUGCUUUCGUAUAGUUCAUCAGGCAAGCUCGAAAGGUGAAUUGUUGCAGAGAAUAGCACGCCACACAAUGCAUGAAUUGGUUAGGUGUAUUUUUUCUCUUCUGCCUGAUAUCAACAUUUCAGAAUACUCAUUGACUAAUGGCAGCAGUUCAUAUGUUGGUGACAUGGUGGAUAAACAGCUAGAAAAUGGCAAUGUUAGCAUUGAACUUGAUGUACAACCAUCCGUCGGAUAUGCAUCAAGUGCUCUUUCUGGUAGUAUGAAACCAGAGAACAAAAUGGAUACAAACAACAUCUGUGUCAGUGAUGAAACAGAGGCUACUGAAAAGACUGAAAAGGUGAUGAUGGAACCUUUUGGGGUCCCGUGCAUGGUGGAGAUAUUUCAUUUCUUGUGUUCCCUUUUAAAUUUUAUUGACCACGUUGGAAUUGGUCCUAGAUCAAAUCCGAUAGCAUAUGAUGAAGAUGUUCCACUUUUUGCUCUUGGUUUAAUUAAUUCAGCUGUUGAAUUGGGUGGACCUUCUUUUAGUAAACAUCCUAAGUUAUUGGGUUUGAUUCAGGAUGAAUUGUUUCGUAACCUGAUGCAGUUUGGUCUGUCAAUGAGCCCAUUGAUUCUUUCUACAGUAUAUAGCAUUGUUCACAAUCUUUAUCAUCAUUUGCGUACUGAGCUCAAAGUACAACUUGAAGCUUUCUUUUCAUGUGUGCUUCUAAAAAUUGCUCAAAGCAAGCAUGGAUAUUCAUACCAGCAACAGGAGGUCGCUUUGGAGGCUAUGGUUGACCUCUGCAGACAGCAAACAUUUGUGGCUGAAAUGUAUGCAAAUUUUGAUUGUGAUAUAACCUGCAGUAAUGUGUUUGAAGACUUGGCUAACCUGAUAUCAAAAAGUGCAUUCCCUUUGAAUGGUCCUUUGUCCGCAAUGCAAAUUCUUGCUCUGGAUGGUCUGAUAUCCAUGAUUCAGGGAAUAGCUGAAAGGAUAGGCAAUGAAUUGCCUGCUUCAAAGGAGGCUGUAGUAGAUAAUGAAAGAUAUGAAGCAUUUUGGACAUUGAGAUGUGAAAAUUACAGUGACCCGAACUAUUGGGUUCCAUAUGUCCGUAAGACAAAAUACAUCAAGAGGAGGUUGAUGGUUGGAGCUGAUCACUUUAACAGAGAUCCUAAAAAAGGUUUGGAAUUUCUGCAAGGCAUGCAUUUGCUGCCUGAUAAACUUGAUCCACAAAGUGUAGCCUCCUUCUUUAGGUACACAUCGGGGUUAGAUAAGAAUCUCAUUGGAGAUUUCUUGGGAAAUCAUGAUGAAUUUUGCAUUUUGGUGCUUCACGAAUUUGCCAAGACAUUUGACUUCUGUGACAUGAAUUUAGAUGCUGCAUUGCGUCUCUUCCUGGGUACAUUCAGAUUGCCAGGCGAAUCACAGAAGAUACAGAGAGUGCUUGAGGCAUUUGCUGAAAGAUAUUAUGAGCAGUCACCACAAAUAUUAUUCAACAAAGAUGCUGCUCUUUUGUUGUCAUACUCACUUAUUUUGCUUAAUACGGAUCAACACAAUGUGCAGGUUAAGAAGAAGAUGACUGAAGAAGAUUUCAUCCGCAAUAAUCGGCACAUCAAUGGAGGAAAGGAUCUUCCUCGUCAGUUCCUGUCAGAGCUUUACCAUUCAAUCUGUGACAAUGAAAUCCAGAUGAUUCCAGAUCAAGGUGCUGGGUUUCCAGUUAUGACGUCAGGCAGAUGGAUUAAUAUACUGCACAAAUUGAAAGAAACCACUCCUUAUAUUGUCUGUGAUUCUAGAGCAUUUCUCGACCAUGAUAUGUUUGCCAUCUUGUCAGGCCCAACUAUAGCUGCUAUAUCAGUUGUUUUCGAUCAAGUGGAGCAAGAAGAUGUUUUACGAACAUGUGUUGGUGGAUUGUUGGCCAUUGCCAAAAUUUCAGCGUGCUACCAUUUUGGUAAUGUAUUAGAUGAUUUGGUUGUGUCUCUCUGUAAUUUCACGACACUCUUGACUCCUUUGUCUGUUGAAGAAGCUAUUCUUGCUUUUGAAGAGGAUACAAAAGCCAGUAUGGCAACCACAGCAGUUUUCACGAUAGCAAAUAAAUAUGGUGAUUAUAUCCACUCUGGCUGGAAAAAUGUAUUAGAUUGUGUCUUAAGCUUGCAUAAGCUUGGCUUUCUACACAGAAUGGCUAGUGAUGCAGCUGAAGAUGUAGAACCCUCAUAUGAGCAGGAGCAAAGGAAGCCUUCAACAAAUCCCUUAAAAUCAUCAAAUGUACCAUCUACAGCCAUUCCUCGGAAAUCAUCUGGCAUAAUUGGUCGGUUUAGCCAGCUCUUAUCUUUUGAUAUGGAGGAGACGAAGUUGCAGCCUAGUGAGGAACAGAUAGCUGCACAUCAGCGCUUUCGUGAGAUGAUACAGAACUGCCACGUUGAUGCUAUAUUUACGGAGAGUAAGUUUCUUCGAGCUGAGUCUUUACUGCAGCUUGUGAGGGCCCUGACACUGGCUGCAGGACGACUUCGUAAAGGAAGCAGUACAAUGGAAGAGGAAGACAAUUGUGUCUUCUGCCUGGAGUUGCUGAUUGCAAUUACAUUGAAUAACCGGGAUAGGAUUAUGCUUAUUUGGCAAGGUGUUCAUGAGCAUAUGUCGAAUAUUGUUCAGUCAAUUCUAAUGCCCUGCACACUGGUGGAAAGGGCUGUGUUUGGUCUUCUGAGAAUAUGCCAGCGGUUGCUUCCUUAUAAGGAGAACCUGAUAGAUGAGCUCCUCAAGUCACUGCAGCUGAUAUUGAAACUUGAUGCUCGAGUUGCUGAUGCAUACUGUGAACCUAUAACACAGGAAGUUAUGCGCCUUGUAAAAGCAAAUGCAGCACAUAUCAGAUCCCACGUAGGCUGGCGCACAAUCAUUUCUUUACUAUCUAUCACAGCACGACAUCCAGAAGCAUCUGAAGCAGGAUUUGAAACAUUAGUAUUUAUAAUGUCUGAGGGGGCAUACCUCCUUCCUUCUAAUUAUAUUCUGUGUCUAGAUGCAGCAAGACAGUUUGCAGAGUCUCGGGUUGGGGAAGUUGGUCGGUCUAUUUCAGCCAUAGACAUGAUGGCAGGUUCUGUUGUUUGCCUUGUGAGAUGGUCACAUGAGACCAAGAGUUCUGUGGUAGAUGAGGCUGCUGUGAAAGUGAAUCAAAGUAUAGGUGAGAUGUGGUUGAGGCUGGUGCAAGGACUGAGGAAGCUCUGCUUGGACCAGAGAGAAGAGGUGAGGAACCAUGCUAUUUUAAUGUUACAACGGUCUCUGGCAGUAGUAGAUGGGAUUCAUAUUCCAAAUUCCUUGUGGUUCCAGUGCUUUGAUAUGGUUAUCUUUACAUUGCUGGAUGAUUUAUUAGAAAUUGCCCAAGGGAACUUCCCAAAGGAUUAUAGGAAAAUGGAAGGAACACUUGUUUUGGCUACGAAACUCAUGUCAAAGACUUUCCUACAAUCAUUUGUCGCAGUUCAGCUGAGAUAUUUGAAGCUUCACAUGGAUAGUCCAAGUGAAAAUGUCAUUAUAUGCUGCAUGAGCUAUGAAAUUUAUGCUUUACAAGGUACUUUCAUGAAAGAAGAUAUGUUAGGAGGCCCUAUGCAAAACUAG